AUGGAGACGGAACAACUUUCAAAACGUUUAUAUGUUGGAGGGCUUGGCCAUACGGUCUCUAAGGCUGAACUGCAAGAAAGAUUUGGGAAGUUUGGGCAUGUUUUGGAUGCAGAGAUCAUUACCAGAAAAGAUGAUCAGGGGAACCCUAUGAAAACUUUUGCCUACAUCAGUGUCAACAUUUCUGAUGCAGAUCUUAGAAGAUGCAUGUCAGUUUUAAAUAAAACUAAAUGGAAGGGGGGGACACUGCAAAUUGAGCUGGCCAAAGAAAGCUUUUUGCACAGGCUUGCUGUGGAGAGGGAAGAAGCAAAGCUGCAGAAGGAAAAGCCACAGAGAAAUGACAAAAUGUGUCUGCUAGAAUCAAUGAAAAAGGCUGGAGUUGCAGAUUUUCACAUGAAAGCAGUACCAGGUACAGAGGUGCCAGACCAUAAGAAAUGGGUUGUUGGCAAAUUUGGCAGAGUCUUGCCUAUCCUUCACUUGAGGAGUCAACAGAAAAAUAAAAUUGUGAAAUAUGACCCAUCAAAAUACUGUCAUAACCUGAGAAAGCUGGAUCCAGACUUGACACAUUUAGUUCCUGUAUCUCAGCUUACUUGGCACUUGGAAGGGGGAGAUGACAGCAUAAGCAAGAAGAGGCGAGGAGAGUUCCCUCUGACUAAGAAGCCACUUAAAAAAAUGAAGCAGCUGGGCAGUGAGGCUGUGAAUGGAGCAGGGGUUCUCUCUUCUGGUUGCCAGUCACAUUCAAAAAGCACAACUUCACCACAUCUAGAUCAAAGAUCCAAACCCAGUGAGAAAUCUAAAUUGCCUCUCUCAAGUAGUCCUAAUAGAAAAAUAUCAGGAAGAGGUUUAUUAUCAGGUAAAAGCAGUAUUUCUGGAGUUGCAGCUCAAAAUGAUACAGGUGUUUCUGAUAGUGACGUUGAUUCUGAAGAAGAGAUCAGAGCAAUGGUAAAAAAAGAGAAAGAAAUGCAGAAAGGUGAAAAUGUUGGGGCUGAAGAUGUUGAGACUGAAAGUGAUCACUUAGAAAUUGUUGGGGAUAAUUUUGAAUUAAAAUACAAUAGUCACUGGUCCUUAAGUAAUUCAGAUGCCAUGAAGAAAGCUAUCAAAGGAGGUUCUAAAGAGACUGUGGAAUGUGAUAAUGGUUAUGAUUCAGCAGAUACAGAUGAAAUUAUUGCUGAAAUUAAAAUUUCAGCUCAAAGUAGCAAGAAAACUGCAAUUUUAGAAGAUUCUAAGCAGGUGACAGUGGAAAAUAAAGAAAUGUUAACUAACAAAAAAUGUGAUUCACCAAAUGACUCCUCACUGAAAACCUGCCGUUUAAAAGAAUACUUUGAAAGAAAUGGGAAAAUGAAAAAGUCCAAAACUGGUGCCUUGCACAGUACAGCAGUUAAGAGCACAACAAAGGCAAGUAGUAGUGAAAGCUCCUCUUCAGAGCCUGAAGACUCCCCUGAGACUGGGGAGUCUGACAUCAGCUCCAGUUAUGAAUCCAUAAUGCAAAACUGUUACCACUUAGACCUUACGUUAGAUGACUUAAAAGCAUUAGCUACUGAAAACUCAGGGACAGCAGCAGAAGAAUCAGAUAGUGCAGAGAGUCAUAGUCAGCACAGUGUUGAUGAAAAUUCUACGAGUAAUGUUGUAAAUAACCCAAACGUCUCUAAAGCUUGCCCUGCAGUUAAAAAAAAAAGUAUCUGUCCUGAAGAUGUAGUUGCUGAGAUAUUAGCAGGGGAGGAGAACGUUGGUGAAGAAAGCUCCAAGGGACAAGAAAAUUCAGGUUUGAAAUACCAGCCCUUCAGGGGAAUGGCGUCCCUUUGUGAGAAAGAGUUCAGUCAGGGCAGCACUGGUGUGAAGAAGAGGUCUGUAGAUAGUUUAGGUAUUGACACUUCCAUUUCUUAUGGUGGGGAGGAGUCAUCCAAAAAACAGGCUGAGAACCACCCAUUGAAUUCACUUGAAAUCAGCAGUAAAAAGAGACAAAAUCUGCAUUGUGAACAGCACAAGGCAUCUCCUGAUGCUGCCUCCUUAGCAGAGAAGAGAGAUGAACCUGCUUUCAGGCUACAUUUACAAGGAAAGAACAAAGAUGUGAGUUCUUCACAAGGCUGCCAAAGUUCAGAGCCUGGAGAUCCUGCUUCUAAUACUGAUCAGAGUGAAGAUGAGAGCAGUGACACAGACAGUGAUGCUGCAUUGUCACAGAAACACCUUAAACAACAACUGGAAAGCCCAAAACUGCUCUCAACAAAACUGAAGCAGGAUGUAAGCAACAAAAAUCAAGAAUGUAAUACUACUAAAUGUGAGGAUGAGAAGAAAAGCCUUCUGCAAAGUAAGGAGCUUUGUCUUCAUGCUAAAGCUUCAAAGGAACCUAGUACACAAAAUAGACAGUUGCAGGACAACCUGAGGAGGCUGGCAGCUCUAGAAGAGAGGCGGAAAGAGAGAGAAUUACAGAAGAAACUCAUUCAAGGAGCUCUUUCAAAUCUGGACAGACAGCCAGCAGGCAAGCACAAACACAUCGUAUUCAAUUCAGAUGGGGAGAGUGAAGCUGAAGUAGAUGAGAUGGCGAAGGUGGAUGCAAAUUUGGGAAAAAGGCGUGGAGAUGAAUCUGCUCCGAAAACUUCAUGCAAACUGUUUGAAAGCAGUGAGGAUGAAGAAGAGGAUACAGAUGAUGAGAGAUUCAAAAUUAAGCCUCAUUUUGAAGGCAAAGCUGGUGAAAAACUCUUGCAGUUGCAGUCUCGAUUUGGCACAGACAAAAGGUUUCGCAUGGAUGCUCGAUUCCUUGAAAGUGACAGUGAAGAGGAAGAGACAAACAUCUCGAAGGCAGAUGAGGAAGAAGACCUUGCUGCAGAGAAAAAGAAAAAUCUGCAAAUACUGGGAAGCCUCUUGAAUAUUGACCUGGAACGCUCCAAGCCAAAUAAAAAAGCCACAAGCGUUAAGAAGUUCAGAGAUAUGAAUGCUCUCCGCUAUGAUCCAACAAGAGAGGACCAUGCAGUUUUUGAAAGGAAACCAAUUGUUAAAGAAAAAGAGAGUAAAGCAAAAAGGAAGAAGAAAAGGGAAGAGAGUGAGAAACGGCCUGAAGUGUCUAAAGAAACAUAUUAUGAUAUUGCUGUGGAUUUAAAAGAGUUGUUGGGAUCUUCAAAGAGCCAAUCAACAAAAAACGAAGAAAUACCCUGGGACAAAGAGGACUUGGGCCCUAAUGUUGGGAGUAACGUAGCUCAGGAAUCGAGUGGUUUCAUGUUUUCCUUCUUUGGAGACACGGAGGAGUCGAGAAAAAAAGAAGAGCCUUAUGUAAUUGAAUCAAUAAAACCUGUAAAAGUCACAUGGCAAGAAGAUCCACGUUUUCACGACAGCAGUUCUGAGGGUGAUGAUGAACCAGAGGCAUCGGAGAGUGAAAAUGACAACGAAAUGUUUUUGUCUUUACCACGGACAGACACUAGUAGAUUUUUCUUCUUCUCCAAAGGCGAUGAACGACUAAAAGAGGGCCCCAGGUUAUUUUGUAGGUCAGUAGACCUCAGCGAAGAGAGAGAUGGUUGGGAAGAGAGACGUAGAUUUUUGCUUGAGGUGAGUAUUUUACCAUCUGUUACUUGGUGA